AUGGAUCACUUUAUCCCUCUGAUUGAAAAAGGUGAACAAAGAUUGAGUGUAUGUGUUGACUUCCUUGGAUAUGGGGGUAGACUCCAGAUCGUUAAUGUUGUGCUCUCCUCUAUCCCUACUUUCAUCAUGAGUUGCCUCAAAUUAUAUAAAGUGCUAAAUCCGGUGAACCUCGCCCUCGGCGCUGCCGGAAGCGGCAGUGCGGCCGGAUUCAGCCUGCCCCUCGUGCCCCACUACCGCACUGCAGCCGGCGUACUCGAGGAGCUCCUGCCGGAAGGUGAUGCCGAGGGCGGCGUGAACAUCACGUCCAUACGCCCCAAGAUGAUCCCAUAUUCGGGGCCCCUCUACAGCGUCCGUGUGGGCGUCGGCAGCGGCGCAACCCAGCACUUCUACAAGCUCGCGCUGGACCUCGCUCGCCCACUAACGUGGAUGCAGUGCCAGCCCUGCGUACCGGAGAAGAGGCAGGACGGCUCCGUCUUCAACACCGCCGUCUCCCCUCAUUACCACUACGUUGCGUCCACAGAUCCUCGCUGCACGGCUCCGUACGGGCGCGCCGGCCACGGCCGGUGCAUCUUCGACGUCGAGUUCCAGUACGGUGGCUCAAGCGCGCAUGGCAUCCUUGGCCGCGACGACUUCGUCUUUGACGGAAGCGGCCCCGGCAGCCCCAUCAGUAGCGUCGGCGGCCUUGUCUUCGGCUGCGCACACAGCACGCACGGGUUCGAUAACCGCGACGUCUGGGCCGGCGUCAUGAGCCUCAACAGGCACCCGACCUCCUUCAUCCGACAGCUCUCGGACCGCGGCCUCGCCGGCUCGCGCUUCUCCUAUUGCCUCGUCGGCAAGGAGCACGAGCACCUCCACCGGCGUGGCUUCCUCAGGUUCGGGGCAGACAUCCCGGACCAGUCGCACGCACGGAGCGCGGCGCUGCUGCACUGGGACCUCGCCAAGGGAAGAGGCAUGUACUACGUCAACCUCGUUGGCGUCAGCCUGGGUGGGCGAAGGCUCACGGCGAUAACGCCGGCGAUGUUCAAGUUCGACCCGCACAGCCUCCGCGGUGGGUGCACCCUCGACGUCGGGACGGUGUACACCUUGAUGGCCCCGCCCGCAUACCAUGUCCUGGCGGCCGAGGUCGUGAAGCACAUGCAGCGCCAUGGGGUGCACCACGCGAUAUUGCCCCCAGCGCAGAAGCUCUGCUUCCAUGGGACGUGGGACAGUAUCCGCGCGCACUUCCCGAGCGUGACGCUCCACUUCUACCCGGAAGCUCCACAUGCAUCGCUCUUUAUCAAGCCGGAGCUGCUGUUUGUGGAGACGAUGCAUCAGCAUACCCACUACGCGUGUUUCGCCAUAGCGGCAUACGCAGAGAGGACGGUGAUAGGGGCGGGGCAGAUGUUGGACACGCGCUUCACGUUUGACCUCCAACACAACCGCCUCUUCUUUGCUCCGGAGGAUUGCCAUCUAGACACUGUGCAGUUAACUAGCUAG